AUGGGCAGCGUGCGAACCAACCGCUAUAGCAUCGUUUCCUCAGAAGAGGAUGGCAUGAAGCUGGCAACCAUGGCAGUUGCCAAUGGCUUCGGGAACGGGAAGAGCAAGGUACACACUAGGCAGCAGUGCAGGAGCCGCUUCGUCAAGAAAGAUGGACACUGCAACGUCCAAUUCAUUAAUGUGGGCGAGAAAGGACAACGUUACCUGGCAGACAUCUUUACCACCUGCGUGGAUAUUCGCUGGAGGUGGAUGCUAGUUAUCUUCUGCCUGGCUUUCAUCCUUUCCUGGCUUUUUUUUGGCUGUGUGUUUUGGCUGAUUGCUCUGUUGCAUGGGGAUCUGGAGGAGCCAGCAAACUACAAAUCUUGUGUCUCCAAUGUGAACAGCUUCACUGCAGCCUUCCUCUUCUCCAUCGAAACUCAGACAACGAUUGGGUAUGGUUUUAGGUGCGUCACGGACGAGUGCCCCAUUGCAGUCUUCAUGGUGGUUUUCCAGUCUAUUGUAGGCUGCAUCAUUGAUGCCUUCAUCAUUGGGGCUGUCAUGGCAAAGAUGGCUAAACCAAAAAAGAGAAACGAAACUCUAGUCUUCAGCCACAAUGCUGUUGUGGGCCUGAGGGAUGGGAAGCUGUGUUUAAUGUGGCGUGUUGGAAACCUACGGAAAAGCCAUUUGGUAGAGGCACACGUGAGAGCCCAGCUUCUUAAAUCCAGGGUCACCUCCGAAGGAGAAUACAUCCCUUUGGACCAAAUAGACAUCAAUGUUGGGUUUGAUAGUGGGAUAGACCGCAUAUUCCUGGUCUCCCCAAUUACAAUAGUCCAUGAAAUAGAUGAACAAAGUCCCUUGUAUGACUACAGUAAGCAAGACAUGGACAAUGCAGACUUUGAAAUUGUAGUAAUAUUAGAGGGCAUGGUGGAAGCUACCGCCAUGACUACCCAGUGCCGUAGUUCAUAUCUGGCAAACGAAAUCCUCUGGGGCCACCGUUAUGAGCCUGUGCUCUUUGAAGAGAAAAACUACUACAAAGUGGACUACUCUAGGUUCCACAAAACGUACGAAGUGCCCAACACACCCCUUUGUAGUGCCAGAGACUUAGCAGAAAAGAAAUACAUUCUCUCUAAUGCAAAUUCCUUUUGCUACGAGAAUGAAGUGGCCCUCACCAGCAAAGAAGAGGACGAGAGUGACAAUGGGGUGCCUGAAAGCAUAAGCACAGACACCCUCCCAGACAUGGACCAUCAUAACCAAGCUGGGGUGCCACUAGAACCUAGGCCGUUAAGGCGGGAAUCGGAAAUAUGA